AUGACUGGACGCUUCUCCUCCGACCACUCUCGGUCGGCGUCUCGCUCGUCCCAGACUCCUCGACUCUCCCAGGGACAGCCGAUGGAAUCGAUGUCUCGCCACUCCUUCGGUCGCACGUCGCGUCUCUCCAACCCCAAUGUCUUUUCCGACGAAUACUCAUUAGAACCGAUCGAUGCCGACCGAAUCGAACGCGCUCCUAGCCCUGCCUCUGUCGCCUCUUCUACCACCCUCCGCUCAGUCAACCAUCCUCAGAAGGCCACCGGUGCGGUUGCCGACAAUGAGAACCCGUUCGCCGACGAAGCGCGGGUCUCUAUCGAUGAACCCCAUCGCUCCAGCCUGCCCCAGAAGGGGAUGGGUGGCUUCUCCAGUAACCGCAACUCCAUCACAUCCGCUCACAAUGCUCCUUUUGUUCAAAGGAAUCAAAGCAUCUCUUCCCGAUUCUCUAUACCUCGUGCCAUGAGUCCGUACACCGGAGCCACAGGCCCCAGCCAUCCCUACGGCAUGUAUCCUCAGGUUGGCGUCAGUCGCUCUCCAAGUGUAGGGAGUACUUCGACAAUUCGCCCACAGGAACGCCCGCUGGGUGAAAUGAACGGCCCUCAACAUCCUUACGCAAUGUAUUCUCAAAAUGUUGUUGAGGAAGGGAUAGAUGACGAUAUCGUCCCAGUCGGCUUCCCCGGCCACAACCCACCGUAUCAGCCGCCAGCUGAUCGUCGAGAUGACGAGCUGGGUGAUAUUAUUGGGCCUGAUGGGCACGCUGAGCCCCUGCCGCCGUAUUCACGUUACCCGACAGGUGUUGUUCCAAAGCCUCCUGGUGCCGAGAAUAUGACCGAUAUAAACCCACCUCCAGAGGAUCAGCAUCUCCCUUCCGUUUCAAGAGAAGCACCGAUCUCUGAGACCUCCACAAGGGCGCUAAUGCCCGACCCAUCUGGGAGCGUGAACGGGAACGAGAACGGGUACGAGAACGGGAAUGAAGGCAAUGAGCGCCGCGAUGGCACAAGGGCACCUCUUACUGGUAUCAUGGCGUUCGAAGAGAAGCUGAAGCAGAAAGGCAAGAGAACCGCAUGCUGUGGACUUCCUGUCUGGACACUUGUCCUUAUUAUAACCGUUUUACUCAUCGGAGGUUCCAUUGGAGGUGUGAUUGGAGGUGUUCUCGGCACAAAGCGAGCUGCCGAAGCUGAGCGGGAAGCGCAACAAAAUCAGUCAAAGGGCCCUCACAUCGUUACAGUCACUCAAACGCCCCAAAUGGACUACUCGACAAUGACAAGCACCCCGACAAACCUGAUGACGGUGCCGACCGGCCAUUACCUCAUUCCUGCGAUCAUGCGGAAUUGCUCGCGUAUGUGUGUCGAAGGAAGUAGCGAGAUGACCAAGGCUUGGUCCUGCAUGAACAAGCCGAACGAUUUUGAGGUCUAUGUGGAAGGGAGUGAUCACCAUCACUCCAUCGUCUUUGUGGACGAUGGUCCCACUUCGACUUUCACCUAUGGCGCCCAACCGCCUUAUCUUCCAACCCCCACACAGAGUUUGACCAUGGCGAUUGACAAUAGCGAUCCCAGCAUGGGCCCUGCGCUCUUUUUCUACUCCUUUUUCAAUAAGCUGGUCAUUCUUCCGGACGACACGUUCACAUCCAGUUCCGUCUCGAAGCGGUCGUAUGUGGACGGAGACACCAACAUCAUUUCGUCCUUCUUGGAUCGCAAGCAGACAGCGGAACCUGGUGAUAAGCCGUGGUUCUGUUGGUGGAACAGCACCCUGUUGGAAUUCUUCCUCUACGUCAACCAAUCAUCGACAGAUACUUCGUCUGGCAGCGCAGCGACUACCGACAGUGACAUGGCGGCCAGCACCGCCACUGGCCGGUCCAGUUCAACCUCGAAGCGUUUUGCUGAUGCCGCCGAUUAUCCUCGGAAGAUCAAGAUUGAAGAGCGACGCGACCAUUCUGGAUCCAUAGCACCGUACUGCCAGCAGAUGCAAGUGCUGAACAACGGCCAAGUGGUUCCCCUCGCAAAUCAGAUUAUUGACGUCAAAGAGAGCGAGCCCACUCCAACCACCACCUACACCAACAGUAAUGCUGGCUCCCAGCAGACAUACACGGCUCAGGCGUCAUACGCAACUCCGUGCUACUGUUUGUCUUUGACUGAUUAA